CUCACAAGAAUGGAGGCGAUCGGCGGGUAAACGUUUCAUUACACGCUUUGAAAGGUGUACUCUCAUACUGCUUUGUGGAUGACAGAAAAGUAACCAUUACUGGACGGCAGUAAAGUGUCAUCACCUGUCGGGCAUAGCUCCUUCUGCAGGCUUUCAUGACACUCUUCAUACCUAAAUAAAACACUCACCCCCCACCCCCCAACACACACUCACGCCACAUCAUGGCUGAACAGCAGGAGGAUGCAGAAGGUGUCUAUGUUGAACACCAGUACAUGUGCAGCGAGUGCCAUGAGCUCUUCAACACCCUGGAGGAUGUGCUGGUCCAUCAGCAGAUCCACACAGGCCAAGAGGGAGAAGGAGAGGUGGAGGCCAUGACCAUCCAAGGUGUCUCAGAGAUGGGGCAGAGCCAACAGUACCAGUGUCUGGAGUGUGGCGCCCUCCUGGUGAACUCAGAGGAGCUGCUGCAGCACCAGGAGAUGCACAUGAGGGAGGCUGGGAUGGAGGUGGAGCAGCAGCAAGAGUUAUGUGAGGUUCUGGAGACUGAGGAAGCUGGGCAGGAUUCUGAGGUGACGGGGCCGGUCCAAUACCAGUGUCUGGACUGUCUGGCUCUGUUUGACUCACCGGAGGCCUGGCUGGACCACCGGCGGACCCACAGCAGGAGCAGCACACACAGUACACGAGACCACACUGAGACCACGGAGUAUGUGCUACAGCCGGAUGGUACCAUCACUCCACUGAACAAUGUACAGAACUACGUACUGAGUGAGCAGCAGGCUGGGGAGAUCCUGGCACAGGUACUCGCGCAGCAACAGCAACAGAAGAAACGUCAGGCAGCCUCUAAAUCUCCUUCAUCCACUCGCUUGUCCCUGCUUCCCCCGGUGACGGCGACCCCAGGCUCGGCCACCAUGCACUUACAGAUCCUCACGGCCCAAGCCCUGGCUGACAGCUCCACCACCACCCCCCACCGCCGUUCUAAGCUGCCCCCUCUGUUGCCCGCAGUGGCCAGAGGGUCUCCGGGAAAGCUGGGGGUCCUGGAAAAUGGUGUUCAGAGACUGGAGAUAAGGUUGGCUCCCGGUGUCCAGGAUGGUAUCCAUCAGCAGCAGCAGCAGCAGCAGCCGCCGACUGAGAUGGUGGUCAUUCACCCAUAUGAGUGCUCCGAAUGCUCCCUACUUCCAGACCCAGAGGACUUUCUCCAGCACCAGGGAGAGCACUUCCUGGGCCAGGACAAAGAGAGCGGAGAGGCAGGAGUUAUGAGUGGCUUUGAGGAGGUGCGAGGGAGGGAGGAACCCUCUGAGAAGAUGGAGGACUUAAGGCUCAGAGUAGCAGAGAAGAAAGCAACGGUGUGGGCCAAACCCCAACAGUGUGAGCUCUGCAACCGCACCUUCACUUCCGUCAACAGGCUGGCCGCUCACAAGCGAGUGCACGAGCAGGGCACGCAUGAGUGCCCUGAAUGUGGGAAGAUCUUCAAAAAGUACACCUCACUGCAGACCCACAUGCGCACUCACUCGGGCGUGGCCAGAUACUUGUGUGUGGACUGUGGUCACGGCUUCACCACUGAGAUGACGCUCAUAAUGCACAGGAAGUCCCACACUGCAGACCCACUUCACCACUGUCAUUUCUGCAACAAAACCUUCACCAACAUGACAAAGUACCUCUACCACAGACGAACUCACCUCAACUAUGAUUCAUCUGUCACCCCAGCCCCCGUCUCUAUGGUCUCACCUUUGAAAAGAGCAUCUGUCUCUGCUCUUGCCAUCCUACAGAGAGCUCGGGAGAAGAGGAGCUCUCAUGUGAUAGAAGAAAACAUUAACCUGCUGGCCCCUCUCACAGAGGAAGAGAUGGAGAAACUGAAUGAAGAUCCAAAGCCGAGUUCCCAGGGCAAAGCCAACGAAAAGGGAGUGGAGAAGCAGGGAAAUACCAACAACCAGAAGAUGUCUUCCCCAUCUGCAGCAGUGCCUGACACUCAGACACCAGAGGAUGCCACAGAGACAGGAUCAUCUGUAAACCCUGCUCCACCAGACGACCCUGUAGCCCCCGUCACGUCUGGGUUCUCUGACUCAGCAGAAGCUGCUCCAGCUGCGUCAUCGUCAGACAAAGGACCUGUUUCUUGUCGCUCCUGCUCUAAGACCUUUCCGUCACAGCUGCAGCUCGUCCACCAUCGGCGGAAGGCCCAUGUCACUGAGCGGAGUUUUGUUUGUGGCAUCUGUGGCAAGUCUUUUAAAAAGCAGAUCCAUGUGCGCAACCACAUCCGAACACACACUGGUGAGCGGCCAUUUCAGUGUUCUGACUGUGGUAAAACCUUCUCAUCAUUGGCCAACCUGAUGCGUCAUAACCUCAUCCACUCUGGCGUUCGGCCGUACCGCUGCGAGGUCUGCCACCGCUCCUUCUCCCAGUCCUCCAACCUCCGCCAGCACAGCCUGCUGCACUCCAGCGCAGCCACGCUGAGCUGCCCGGACUGCCCUGCCACCUUCCGGUGGCCCACCAAGCUAGCAGUCCAUCGCUACACCCAACACCCGGGGUCUCCAGCCCCCUUCCCCUGCCUCCACUGUGAGGCCGGCUUCCUAACAAGGAGACAACGAGACAGCCAUUGCCUCGAACAGCACCCGACCCAGGUUGGGACCGAGGUGGGAAAACAGACACCGAAUCCAGCAGACCAAGAGCUCCCAUCACAGCCUUCCACAUCCACCACAGUAGAGGCAGAGUUCGGAGACUCCGUUGGUCUUCGGGGGGGCCUUGAAUGCAACAUUUGUGGGAAAAAGCUCAAUUCUCCUGCGAAUCUGCGACUUCACAGACUGAGCCACUUCGCCUUGGGGCCUGGUCGGCCACGAUGCCCCUCAGGGAAGCGACCCAAAGCCCACCAGUGUCCUGUCUGUGGCAAACUGUUUGUGUCUUCGUCUGGAGUUGCGCUCCAUCAGCGGGUCCACACCGGUGAGCGGCCAUUUCCCUGUCAAGUGUGUGGCAAACGCUUCCGUCAGAACACACACCUGCGAGAGCACCUGCGCACACACUCUGGUGAACGGCCAUUUCGCUGUGAGGUGUGCGGAAAGGGUUUCAUCCAGAGCAUGCACCUGGCUGAACACCGUCGAACACACACGGGCGAACGGCCGCAUGUGUGUCCGCAGUGUGGCAAAGCCUUCAAGACCUUCUCCAACCUGAGGAACCACAAGAAGACUCACGCCAGGCAGCAGAGGCUGGACGAGGAGGCCGCCACUCAGGCUGCGAUGGAGACCAGCUCUGCUGUGGCCGUGGUGGACUCUUCAGCUGUGGAACUCGCUAACGGGCAACCUCAGCUCAUCCAGAUCCAGGCCUCGGAUCUUCAGCAGACACAAGGCACCCCUACCAUCAUGUGUAAUGAGUUUGGGGAGACCAUAGCCAUCAUUGAGACCAGUGAGGGAGGGGCACUGCCUCUGGAGCAGGCCUUGGAGAUCUAUCACACAGCUUUGGAGAACGGCCUCGCUGUGGAUACUGUCUCUGUGGAUCGGCUGCAGCUUCUUUGAGGACGAGCGUCACAUUAAAAUACCGUUAAUUCUUGAGCACUGUCACUGAAGUAAUGUCUAAUACUGAUCCAAACAAAGAGUGACUGACUACUGUGAGGUGUUCAGGUCAAGAGGAAUGACUGAAUUGAGCCUCUUGUAUACUGGACAUGGAUACUAGAUCAUGAGAAAAUGCAUAUUAUGCUGAGCAAAGAGACCAAAGUAUGUCAACAUCUCUUGUUUACAAAAGCGCAAAAAGAACCUGUUCAGAGCUGGAGAUGAACGAUGCUUGUGAAAUUAGAGCUGUGGCUUUCAUCAUUAAUAAGGACCAUUGAUUGUGCCUCAGAUGACAUUUGUAUUAUUAAUUUCACCAUUUAUAUGAAAUAGAUGUGAUUUUCCUUCUGUUGAAAUGUCAGGUUGUGCCAUUGGAGCAAUUUAUUCUGUUGUAAAUAGAUGAAAUCAAUAAAUGUUUUUUUUUUUUUCCAAAUACCA